AUGGGGGGUGCCGCUUCCAGCGAAGUGAAGAACGCCAUCGAGGGCAAGUCGGCUGACGAGAUCGCGGCGGCUCUGAAGGAGCUCCCCGCUGACCAGCUGGCAAAGGUCAAGGAGGCGGUGGGCAAAGGUGCUCCCGCAGCUGCCUGCCCGGGCCCGGUCGACUGCUCCAAGAUUACGGUCGUCGGAAAGGACUACAAGGGCCUCUUGGAGCAGCCUGCGGAACCAAAGUUCAAGGGAGCUCUGGCGCAAAUCUUCGUCCGCUCGCAGCCUUACGGAGGAUCUGACAAGAGCAACAACG